AUGACCACAGCCAUCCGACAGAUCAACAAGACCCCGGGCCCCGUUUGCAUGGAGUGCGUGGGAUAUCUGCUGGAGGAGAUCCGCAGCCCGGAGAGUGAGGAGGAAUUGGCCAAGGACUUAGAUGAUGCCAACGUGUUCAUUUGCUCCUUGAUCUUCGUCCAGGAACUGGCGGAGAAGUUGGUGAAGAUCGUGGAGCCCCGGCGGGAACACUUGGACGCUUGCCUUUGCUUCCCCUCCAUGCCGGAGGUCAUGAAGCAGAACAAACUGGGAACCUUCGACUUGACCCAGAUUGCUGGCGGCCCCUUGGGCAGCUUUGCGCAGCAGGUGAAGGACCUGAGGCAGAAGUCUUUGUCGAACAAGCCCGCCUCCGGCGGCAACUUCCAGGACAGCCUCCUGAAGUUGGUGCGAACACUUCCAAAGGUCUUAAAGUUCCUUCCUGGCGACCAGGCCAAAGAUGCCAGGACCUUUGUGCUUUCGCUGCAGCACUGGCUGGGCGGCACCCCUGAGAACUUGGAGGCCAUGCUCUUGCGGAUUGCCGGUGGCUAUGUGAAGGGUGUGGAGGAGAUCGAUACCGAAGCCUUGAUGGACCCGGUGGUGCUGCCGGACAUGGGCAUUUGGCAUCCGCUGGCUCCACAGAUUUUUGACACCAUGAACGACUACCGUGAGUGGUAUGACAACGUGCAUUGCCCGGCCGCGGGCAUCGCCACGGAGGCGCCCACCAUUGGCAUGGUGCUCCAAAAGUCGCACAUCGCCACCAAGGACGAUGGCCACUACGUGGGCAUGGUGCAGGAGUUGGAGCGGCGGGGUGCACGAGUGUGCUGCACUUACACCGGUGGCCUUGACUUCUCGGUGCCCGUGCAGGAGUAUCUCGCCGGCCCCACGGGGGAAGGGAUGGUCGAUGCUCUGGUGAACCUCACUGGAUUCUCCCUGGUGGGCGGCCCUGCCUCUCAAGAUGCCAAGAAGGCGAAAGAGGUCCUGAUGAAGCUGAACCGACCCUACAUGGCUUCCCGGCCUCGAUCCAACCGGGUCAGUGUGCCGUUGGUGUUCCAGUCCUUUACCGAGUGGCAGAACAGCCAACUGGGUCUCCAUCCGGUUCAGGUGGCCUUGCAGGUCUCGCUGCCCGAGAUCGACGGCGCCAUCGAGCCGCUGAUCUUCAGCGGCCGCGAUGGCACCAGUGGCCGCUCCAUCCCCAUGCAGGACCGCAUCGGCAACCUGGCCACGCGCGCCAUGAACUGGGCAAAUCUGCGGCGCAAAUCCAACGCGGAGAAGAAGCUGAGCAUUUGCGUCUUCCAAUUCCCACCGGACAAGGGCAAUGUGGGUACGGCUGCGUAUUUGGAUGUCUUCGGCAGCAUCUAUGCGGUCAUGAAGGAGUUAAAGAAGCAGGGCUACACUGUCGAGGAGAGGGAUCACAUGGGAGACAUCCCUGAGACGGUCGAAGGUUUGCAAAAGUCCAUCUUGGAAGACCCCGAGGCGGCCAUGUCCAUGUCGGAGCUCAACGUGGCCUAUCGCAUGAGUGUGGACGAGUACGAGGAGCUGUGCCCCUUCGCGCACGACCUGCGGGAGAAUUGGGGACCUCCGCCCGGGGAGCUCAACACCGACGGCCAGGACAUGCUCAUUUACGGCAAGCACUUUGGAAACAUUUUCCUGGGUGUUCAGCCCACCUUCGGCUACGAGGGAGAUCCCAUGAGGCUGCUCUUUGCGAAGUCGGCGUCGCCGCACCACGGCUUCGCCGCCUUCUACACCUACCUGGAGUUCAUCUUCAAGGCGGACGCCUUGCUGCACUUCGGAACCCAUGGCUCGUUGGAGUUCAUGCCUGGGAAGCAGGUGGGCAUGUCAGGCAGCUGCUAUCCGGACCGCUUGAUCUCGGUCAUUCCGAACCUCUAUUACUACGCUGCCAACAACCCCUCGGAGGCCACGAUCGCCAAGCGUCGCUCCUAUGCCUCGACGAUCUCCUACCUGACGCCGCCCGCGGAGAACGCCGGGCUUUACAAGGGCCUGAAAGAGCUCAGUGACUUGGUGAAGUCCUACCAGGGCUUGCGCGAGAAUGAGCAACGAGGCGCUUCCAUUGUGAACAGCAUCGUUGCGACGGCUCGUCAAUGCAAUUUGGACAAGGACCGGCAAAGAAUCCAGCAGGAAAGAUUUUGGAUGUUCUUUCCAACACGCUCAGACAUCGAGAAUUUGCCCAGCGAGGAGGAUGACAUGGCAAAGAAGACCAUGGACGAGAGGGAUGAUGUGGUGGGCAUGGUCUACAAGCUCCUCAUGGAGAUCGAAUCCCGCGCCUUGCCCAUGGGCCUCCACCAGGUGGGAGUGCCUCCCUCGGCCGAAGAGAGCGUGGCCACCCUGGUGAACAUCGCUCAGCUGGACCGCCCUGAUAUGGGCAUCAAGAGCCUCCCCCGCAUCAUUGCUGAGAGCAGGGGCAAAGACAUUGAGGCGGUCUACAAGGGCAACAACGAUGGCAACCUGGAGGAUGUGUCCUUGGUCCAAGACAUUACCCUGGCCAGCCGCGCGGCGGUGGGCGCGCUGGUGCAGCAGUCCACCAAUGCGGAGCGGGAGGGGCGAGUGGAGGAGGUGAGCGCCCUGCAGGGUGUCUUUGAUUUCUUCUCCGGCGGCUCCGUGUACAAGAAGGCCCUCGCCGAGUGUGGCUUCGACUGUCCCGACGAUGACCUUAAGCCGCUCUUCGAGUACCUGCAGGUUUGCCUGGGCGAAGUGGUGCGCAACAACGAGGUGCCCACCUUGCUCAAGGCCUUGGACGGACAAUUCAUCGAGCCAGGCCCCGGUGGUGAUCCUAUCCGGAACCCCGAUGUGCUGCCCACGGGAAAGAACAUGCAUGCCUUGGACCCCAACUCGAUUCCCACCAAGGCGGCCUGCGACGUGGCCCUCGUGGUGGUCGAACGACUCCUGGAGUCGCUCACCCAGCAGCAGGGCGAGUUGCCGGAAUCCAUCGCCUUCACCUUGUGGGGCACGGACAACAUCAAGACCUAUGGCGAGAGCUUGGCUCAGGUCUUGGCCUUGGUCGGCGCCCGACCGGUACCCGACUCCCUGGGCCGCGUCAACAAGGUGGAGUUGAUCCCCUUGGAGGAGCUGGGCAGGCCACGCGUGGAUGUGGUGUGCAACUGCUCGGGUGUCUUCCGUGACUUGUUCAUCAACCAGAUGAACCUCUUGGACCGCGCCAUCAAGGCCGCGGCCGAAGCGGACGAGCCGCUGGAGCAGAACUUUGUGCGGAAGCACGCGAUGGAGCAGGCCGAGGAGCUGAACAUCUCCUUGAGACAGGCGGCCACGCGUGUCUUCUCCAACGCCGCUGGGUCGUACUCUGCUAACGUGGGUAUCGCCAUCGAGAACGGCGCCAACGUGGACGAAGAUCAGCUGCAGGAGCAGUUUGUGACCCGCAAGGGCUUCGCCUUGAGCUCCGACGCCCCCGGAGAACUGCAGGAAGCCUCCGGGCUUUUCAAGUCUGCCCUCAGCAAGGUGGAUGUGACCUUCCAGAACUUGGAUAGCAGCGAGAUCUCCUUGACGGAUGUCUCUCACUACUUCGACAACGACCCCACGAAGGUGGUGUCCAACCUUCGGAAGGACGGCAAGAAGCCUGCGUCGCUGAUCGCGGACACCACCACGGCCAACGCUCAGGUCAGAUCACUCUCCGCCCAGGUGCGUUUGGAUAGCCGCACCAAACUCCUGAACCCCAAGUUCUACGAGUCCAACCUCAACGGCGGCUACGAGGGCGUUCGAGAGAUCUCCAAGCGCAUGCGCUUCACCUUCGGCUGGAGCACCACUGCAGACGCCGUCCCGUCCUGA